UCUGUCUACAUUCUUUCACAAUUCUAAAUUAUCUAUCCAUCUAUCAUUGAUUAUGUGUUUUGUAAAUGUUUGUUAAACGUUUAUUCUGUUUUUAGUCAUUUUAGGGUAAGAGCUAAGUUCACCGUAGGUCGAUGAAAAACAGUAAUGGCAAAUGUCUUACUUUUUUUUAUGCCACGAACGCACCACAAUAAAGCUCGCUGGGCACCCGCUGAAGCGUUUUGGUUUUAGCUAAACAUUCAACAUUUUCACGGAGUAAUCAAAUCCUUAAUUGAGCCCGAUACUUAAUGCAACCUAUCGAAUGGGAUUCUUUUACAACAGUCUAAAAGGAACUUGGUACAAGCUCGAUUGUUUACGUUUUUAGACUCAUCUGACGAAACUCAUGUAGGUUCUAAGAGAGCCGCCGACGGUGACAUCGCAGUUCAUGUCAGGGCUUCGGCCAAUCAGCGUUGAGCAUGAUCACCUUUGUCCUGAUGGUGAACCGCCAGGGUCAGACCCGACUCUGCAGGUACUACCAGUCCAUCAACAUGAGUCGCAGAACGUCACUGGAGGCCAACAUAGUCCACACCUGCCUGAGCCGGAGCAGAGACCAGUGUUCCUUUGUGGAGUACCAAGAGUUGAAAGUGGUUUUCCGCCAGUACGCCGCCCUCUACAUCGCUGUGGGCAUUACUGAGGAUGAGAACGAGUUGUCCAUCUACGAGCUGGUCCAGAACUUUGUGGAGGUUCUUGACAAAUACUUCAGCCGCGUGAGUGAACUGGAUAUUAUGUUCAACCUGGAGCGCGUUCACAUUAUCCUGGACGAGAUGAUCCAGAAUGGGCGAAUUGUGGAGACCAACAAGAGCAACAUCCUGGCCCCACUCAAUGCCCUGGACAAGAUGGCCGACGGCUGAUGCCAAAGGGAGAUGAUUUGGAAUUUGGGGUUUCCUCACAGAUGAUCAAAACUGUGUCCGUAGUCCUGAGCAGUAAUUGCUUUGAAAAGAAUGUUUCUGACAAAUAUUGUAUCUUUGCCCUCUCGGUAACGGCGUCUGACAUCGAGAAACAGAAGGCACAUUUAACUAGUGGAGAAAAAGAUUCCUUUAUAUCUAUACAUCUACCUACCUCCAAACAUGGUCAUUUUUUUUCUACUCCGAGACCAAUAUAUACUUUCAUCGGAACAUUAAGGAGGUAUAACAUGCGCGCAAUAUACUAAUUUGCUGUUUUAAUAUCAUUCCCAUGAACAACUUGGAUGUCUGGGUAAGCAAAUGGAGCGCACCUUUGCUCCAAUCGCCAUGUCCUCUACUUUGGUGUCUCAGGAAGGCGUGCUCCAUUUCCUAUCCAGCUGAUCUGGAAGGAUCAGUUGGAUUUUGUUGCGCACGUUAUACCGAGUUGUCUGUAUCAUUAUUAUGGCGCAAUUUAAUUUCUGCCAUUGAAAGUGCUCAAACAUAAAGAGCUAGAAAGUAAAUACUGUACAAAAAAAAAAUCGAAAAGCUUCUUGUUACUUUGCAAACAUUUUAAUGACCCCCCCCCGAGCAAACACAUUUUUGAAAAUAUCUGUUUAGCUCAAACUGCAACUAGAGUUAAAUAAAUGUUUAUAAUAUACAAAGAAAAUACAGGAUUUUUUUUUUCGUUUCCCCCCUGCACACAAAUGGACAAACAAAAGAACAAACGACCAGUGUUUGUGUCUCUUGAAAGAAAGGACAAGCACGGACACAUGAAGCAAUCAAAUGCUAAAAACAAAGCCCCCCC